UAUAUCUCGUUCUCCGGAUGAUCAACGAAGUACGAGCGAUGAACAUGCUCAUUAUCGAAGGGUUCAAGGACAUUCACUUCCCUUUCACUGAAGUUGACCUCACAUCCAGUCUCAAAUCCGCUGCUUCCAGGCAAAGCUUUCUUCGACAACAACGACAAAGGUGCAGAUUCAUAUUUUGUCACCAAGGAGCAGCUUGGAAAAGGCGGCUUCAGCAUUGUCCAUCGUGUUCAAAGCAGGAUUGAUUUGAUGGAAUACGCUCUGAAACGCAUUGAUCGAAGAAGUGGCACAUUUUCAAAGGACCGCAAGAAGUUGCUGUCGUUCGAGAAUGAGGUCCAUAACCUCAAGCGUCUGUCGCACCAUCAUCUAGUGAAGCUCCUAGGUUCAUACACCGAUCGAAGAUACAUUGGCAUCAUCAUGGAACCAGUAGCUGAUCUGGAUCUGCAACAAUAUCUGACCCGAGAUGUUUGGAUUACGCAAGACUAUGUCGUCCUUCGGGGCUUCGUGGGAUGCUUAUGCUCCGCUCUAGUCUAUCUCCACCAUAAUAAAUGCCGCCAUAAAGAUCUCAAACCAUCCAAUAUCCUCAUCAAAGGCGAGCAAGUGUAUAUAGCAGACUUUGGACUCGCCUUAGACUGGACUGAGGCGCAACGAGAGACUACGAUGGGUCAACCUGAAGCUUAUACACCGGCAUACAUCGCACCCGAAGUUGGAAUGUUACAACCUCGCAAUACUGCGUCAGAUGUAUGGUCGCUGGGAUGUAUUUAUCUGGAGAUUGCAACUGUUCUUACCAAGAAACAAUUGCGAUCGAAGGCUGAAUUUUUCCAAAACAAAGGGACACUCUCAACGAACUAUUGGCAGAACCCAGAAGCAAUACAGAGUUGGAUAGCCGAGCUGUCGGAUGAAUCAACGAGUGAUCAGCCCUUGCUACAAUGGACUGGUAACAUGACAGCCAGUAAUCCUAAACUGAGACUCACAGCUCAAGAUCUCCAAACGAUGAUAGCACAGGAACAAGCCAAAGGAAUUCAUUACAGCGGUCCAUGUUGUGCAAACGAGGGUGUGACUGGAGAUGGAAGUGACACAACAUCUUGGGAAGGCUCGCAGUCAGGAGAUGAGACCUUUCAGACGGCCGUACUGAGUAAUGGCAUGUCGGACGCACCUACCGUCAUCAACGACACUACGACGACAUCCAUCGGCAGUGACGUGACGCUUCUGGCACCUCCCACGAGUAUUGAAGAGACGGAACAUACGCCUUCCCAUAUACAGAAAUAUUUCGGUCAUCAUUCCGCGGGAGGUGUCGGUCAGUCGCACCCUAUAUGGCUCAACGUCGGGAACGAUACAAAUGUACCCUUAUGCGCCACAUCUGCGGCUGUGACCGAAGACAGCUACCCAAGACCGACAACGCCUGGUACGGAAGAGACCAAGGAUUUGGAUAAAACUCGUGCCGACAUACCGGAGGUGCAAGUAACGAAAGCAAAACACAUAGCCAGGGAUCGCACAGGCAAACGUACUGAUCAUGAGCACGAAGCGACUCAUUUGCGGUUCGUGCAUAUACCAAAGACCGCCGACCCCACGAAUGAAGAAGACUCUUCUCUUACCAUCAGUCUUGCGGAAGCGUUUGUAGCCGAUGACGGCGCAUUUGAAUCUCACAUGGCCCUUACGAGGGAGAGAAACCCAAACUGGAGAGAUGAAAUCACCGGCCUGAUCGCGGCUGAGGCACUCGACAAAUACCAAGCCAAUGUUAUGCUUGUCGCCAGCAACUUCUUCGACGACUCUCUCGCACGUGAUGUGAUCGAGCACGCCCUCUUUGUGGAUCCACAGAUCCUCAAUCGACGCGAUGUGUUCAAUCAUACUGCGUUGCAUUAUUCGGCGAACAGGAACAGAGCUGGUAUGAUAAAGUAUUUGAUCAAGAAAGGUGCCAACGCAACAAUCACGAACAUUCGAGGCCAGACCGCUUUCCAUGUUGCAAUCCAUCGACGAAGCUUAGAGACUUCCAAGAUUUUGCUCCGCUACCUUGGCGCAGCAGAUGUCAACACUAGAGACGAUUAUGGUCAAACUGCACUGCAUCUGGCCUGCUAUCAUGACGCGCCUACAGAGGUCAUCUUGGGAAUGUUGGCGACUGGUGCUGAUGCGAAUGUCAAAGACUUGGCUGGCACAACACCACUGAAUAUCAGCGAGAACAUUGGCAAUCUGGAGAUAGCCGAUGUACUACGAGAGCAUGGAGCAGACGACCCCGAACUUUCUCCGCCACCGCCACUGUAUCAGAGCACGAUUUCCCUCGCACGUCAACAGGAGCCAACUCAUUGCCUGUGUGAUGUCUGUUGUUUGUUCCAGGCAGUCCGCGAAGUCGGCGAUCUCGUGCCUGAUCUGGCAUUUUGCACAUGCGCCUACCAUUUGGUAAGCAUCUCAUUGCAGACGUUGAGCGAUGUGAACGCAGCAGUGUCAUGCCUGAAUACUUGCACGUGUUCGUCUUGUGAAGGAGAGCGUGUCCUGAAUGAGAAUCGAGAGCCUUGCGUUCAGAUUCCAACUUGCGACUGUGAAGAUUGCGUCGCCCAAACCAGCCCACCGGGGCCGUUCACAAAUCCUCCUUCGCUGCCCUGCGGCGAUGACUUUGCUGGCGAGCCGCUACCUCCGUACCCAGACCAUAGUUAUUAUGACUAUAUCAUCGAUGAGUACACCAUGGAAGACGACACAGAACCAUCACCACAAGAGAUAACGGCCCAGGCAUUGGCCUUUCUUGCUCAAGCUGGAUUCAAGGGAAAGAAAUCAUAUCGAAAUGAGCCGGAGAAGGCCCUUAAGUGGGUCAUUAGUAACAACGCCACUACACCUUGGGUUUACAAGAUUGUGGAAAUUCUGUUAGACUGCGGAGCGUCGGUCAAUACGACAGACAAGAGUGGAUGUACUGGCCUUCACAUAGCUGCUCGAACGCAAGAUGUUCGUUUAGCCAUGGUACUCAUUCAACGUGGGGCACAGCUUGACGUGCCUCGUCAGGCAAUGUUCGCAGCUAAAGCGGAUUUCACUCCUCUCAGAUACGCGCUCUGGUUCAAUAACGCGCUAUCGCUUCGACAGCUCUUGUCAGCGCACGCAAACAUCAAUGACCAGUCAGCGAAUGCUCAGAGUACACUACUCCACGAUGCAGUCACACACUUCGAUCUCCUAGGCUGGCAUAUACCGAUGCUCUUAGCGCAUGGAGCCAAUAUAGAACUAGAAGAUGAGGACGGAAAUACACCGCUUCAUCUUGCUAUCUUGCUGCAGCAGAGAUUCGCUGUCAUUGCACUCCUAGAUGCCGGAGCCAACAUCGAAGCCAUCGGGAAAGAUGGCGCGAAGCCGUUAGCCAUGGCGCUCGAAGGCGGCGACUACGGCAUCAUCACUCUACUCCUUGAACGCGGUGCAAACGUACACUCACGUGCAGAAGGCAUGACAUGCGCGCUAUUCUACGCAGUACAGAUGGGCUACGUCGAUAUAGUGAACAUACUCCUUGAAGACUACGGAGCAAGGGAGGACAUUCAUCGUACUGAUCUCACAGGCCGAAGUAUUCUACACGUGCUUGUGCAUACACAUGUCGAUUACAUGCUCAUUAUACUCGACAAAUUGAUCGGGGAAGGCGCGAACGUCAAUGCAGAGGACUACUCUGGAUCGACGCCGCUACACGAAGCCGCGAAGUUGGGGAGUAGUGUAAUGGUCAGUGGGCUGCUGGAGUAUGGGGCUACGAUCAAUGUACAGAAUCGUCAGGGUAAGACGCCGUUGGAUCUUGCGCAGGCGAAGAAGCAUCGUGAAGUCGUGGCGUACUUGGGUGGGACGAUGAAGAAGAAGGGUUGGUUUCGCCGGAGUUAGGACUUUCUUUCUAUUCGCAUUAAUAACCUACUUCCGCACUGCGAUAACUUUGUAAUUCAACACGAUGUCAGCCGUCUGAUCUCAGUGAGACCCUUAUACCUAAGGACAGUGAGCUGGUUACA